AAUUGUACUGUUUUUAUAACAAUGUAAGUGCUUCCUAAAUUAUUAACAUUUUCUUUGUCAUUAUAUAUGUUUUUAAUAUAAAAACAGGUCCUGUUUUUGGUUUAUAGGCAGCAUUGUGCAAUAGAGAGAUACAGAUUAUAUAGUGGUCACAAUCACAAAAGUGCUAAAAUCCCUGUGGCCUAAAAUGACAAACUAAAAAAGCAAUGAAUGUUAGACUGAAAAAUCAAAACUGCAUCAGGACUCAGGUGUAGGGAAAGGCAUAUUAUCAAGUGACAGUUAUAGCCACUCAAUAUUGCUGGACGUUUUCCAUCUGCGCACUCCUCGCUCACGGCUAUAAACUGUAUUACCUUUUUCAUUUCACACAAUUACUCAAGAAAGCCAAUAGGCUUGUCUGCUGUAUUUGACACUGGAUUUUAUGUUCUUAUUUUGCCAAGUACUGACUCUGUUGAAAGAUGUGAAAAUAACAGAAAGUUACUAACAAGUCUCUAAAAUUUGUUGUUUGUGAAGGCAGGGGAUGAUUGCCUGCUUUCUCACUUUAAGUUACUUUUUCCACUGUAGGUCACAAAAAAAAGUGAGAUUUGUGACUGGGAGGAUCCCAGGACUGUCAAAGAGCUCCUUUCAGGCCUAUAAACAAUUAGAUUUCAUAUCAAAACAGUACUUAGAUAAAGUAUCUGUUGAAAUAGGCAACCACAACAAUGACUCCCAAUGACACUAAUUUGAUUGACUUGGACACUGAACAUAACAUCUGUUACAUACUUUGAGAUGGACUUCGAUAAAGAGUGUAUUCCAAUGCAAUACCCAGUAUUCCUGGAAUCUAUGAUCUUUGAGUCACUGUGAUCAUAAUCACAAUAAAGUGAAUAAAUGUAUAAAUAAAUGAUAGUAAAAAUUGAUAGAUCUGCAAUUAUUAUUAUUAUUAGUAGUAGUAGUAGUAGUUGUAGGUGUUUAUUAUAGGAAAUGUAUAACCCCCAUACAGUAAGGCCAUGCCUGGCAGAAUAGUGGCACUGCGGGUAGUAAUGUCAACACACAAAACCACAGAUUACCACAUUUAUUCAUUCUGUGUCCAUGUUGGUAUUCUCCGGAAUUUCAGACUUCUCCCCAUCUCCCAAAAAACAUGUUAAGCAGAUUGGCUAUGCUAAAAUCUUAAUAAAUCUGUGAAUGAGAAGUGUGCAGAAAGGAAGGGCUGAGUUUUUAGCAUUCUGUUAUUCAGGGUGUGUCCCUAUGUCACACCCCAGUGAUGAAUCCUGAUAAGAAAAAAAUGAGUGGAAAUGAAUGAUUCUGUAAAGUCGUGGUUAAUGAAUGAAUAAAUGAAUGUCAAACGUGUCAUUAUUGAAACCAGUAAGUACUGCGAAUUGGAUGCGCAGGAACGGCAUUUGCAGGUUUUCAAUAGAAAUUCCAGUAUUUCUGGUAUGAAUGGUAUCACUGGAGUGGGAAGCAACUAUUGGGCUGCUGUUAAUAGAAAGAAUGAUUUGUGCAAUGCACUUGCAAGUACAUCCACCUUCACCCAUUUACUUUUUACCCACUAUCACCCCCACCACCUCGACACACACACACACACACACACACACACACACAUUUCUCUAGGAGCUCCCCGCAUGCUUGCCAAUUACGCACCACUAGGCUGCUGGAGGUGCUACAGACUUGCUCGCCAGAGAAAGCGCAUUGAACCUUGCUCCAAUUUUCUUUUUCUUUUCAAGUUCUGAAUGAUUAUUUAUUUGGAAAAAUGAACCGCAGCGCAUUUUCAGUGUGUGUACUGUGCACAUCUUCGGUCCCAAAUGCGUUUGUGAUUGGCACCGUUGGGAAUGCCAUGUACCACUUCCACUGAAACGUGUGGGAUUCCCGGUGCGAGCGGUACAUGAUUAUGGAUCCGACCUCGGAUCCUCUCUCGUUUACAUCAGUGCUGUACGAUGGAUACGGUGAUGAGUGGAACGGGACCUCCUCCAACCUGUUCGCGCAACCCCCGUGGCAAGUGGCUCUGUGGGCGCUCGCCUAUUCUCUGGUGGUGCUGGUGUCCGUGGUGGGAAAUGUCACCGUGAUCUGGAUCAUCCUUGCGCACAGACGCAUGAGGACCGUCACCAACUACUUCAUCGUAAACCUGGCCUUCUCCGACGUCUCCAUGGCCACCUUUAACACCGUCUUCAAUUUUGUAUACGCGCUGCACAACGACUGGUACUUUGGUUUGGGCUACUGCAAAUUUCAGAACUUUAUCCCCAUCACUGCUGUCUUCUCCAGCAUCUACUCGAUGGCUGCUAUCGCUGUGGACAGAUACAUGGCCAUUAUCCAUCCACUGAGGUCCAGACUUUCCUCUACCACCACCAAAGUAGUGAUUGGUGUUAUAUGGGCUGUGGCUUUCUCCUUAGCCUUUCCUCAGUGUUUCUACUCAAGCACUAAAGUCUACUCCCACCGCACGGUCUGCAUGGUGGAAUGGCCAGAUGACUACGGUGGAAAACACCAGCUCUCAUACCAGAUUGCUGUCAUUAUCCUGAUCUACUUGCUCCCCCUGCUGGUGAUGCUAGUGACUUACAGUAUGGUGGGCCAACGUCUAUGGGGCAGCAAGAUCCCAGGCGAGGCCUCAGACCACUACCAGAACCAGAUUCAGGCCAAGCGCAAGGUUGUGAAGAUGAUGAUUAUUGUGGUGACAACCUUUGCUAUAUGCUGGCUCCCCUAUCAUAUCUACUUCAUCCUGGGCAGCUUCAAGAAGGACAUAUACAACCAGCGUUACAUCCAGCAGGUCUACUUGGCUAUCUUCUGGUUAGCUAUGAGUUCCACCAUGUACAACCCUAUCAUAUACUGCUGCCUGAACCAAAGACGCCUGCUGCUUCUCCUUAGAUUCCGGUCAGGUUUCCGUCGAGCUUUCCGCUGGUGCCCAUUCAUCAGGGUCUCAGAGGAGGAUGACAUGGAGCUGAGGCACAUGAGAACCUUCCGGACAACACGAAGCUGUCGAACAGAGACAGCCAGUGUUGUGGUGCGCAACCAUGUCAGUGGACCAGAUGAGGCCAUGUCCGAGCUGAUUAAAUCCUAGGCUCUAAAAACACUAAAAACUCAAAACAGAGGAUCUGAAAGCAAAGCGCUUAUUCACACUAAAUCCAUAUACCUCACAGAGAACAUUAAUUCAGAGAAAUUUAAUAAUGGAUGUAGUUCAAGUCUAUUCUAACUGUCCAAAGCUUGAGCAUGAAUCUUACUGGUCACUGCUGAAUGUUUCGUUUAGUUGGUUGUAUGGUUUUGUUUGUCUGUUUUAUGAAACAUUCUGUGAAAUGUGUGAACUGUAAAAUGUAAACAGUAUGUAAUACUGGAGUGGAAAGUGGAAUAUCUCACUAUUAAAAAAAUUGUUUUGAAUUUACGAUUUGACUUGCAGUAGACAUACGAUCUGUUUGUAGCCCUUAAUAUUUAGCUACUUAUCAGUUAGUAAAGAUGUAAUUUAAUGGAUGGAAAUAGAUGGAUGGAACAUGUUCAGAAAAAUAAGGCCAGCUUGUUCAUAGUGAAAAAAACCUUUAUAUUAUUAUAUGAAUUAUAUAGUAUUUAGUGUCCUAAAUAUACAUUCAUUUUGUUGUUGGAUUUGUAUUUCAGCAUAUUUAAUUUGUAAUGAAUAAAACAAAUCUAUUGUGUGGGUAAUGAGGAGGUGACUUUUCAUUUGCCAGAUUGUUAAAUAAUGCUGCUUAACGAUUCAAAUUAUUUUCUAUGGGGAAAGUAAUAUAUAGCACACACAUACUGUAUGUAUUUGGGUGUGAUGUUAAGACUUUGAGAGUGCUGAAAAAUAUUAAAAUUGUUGUACUGUG